CUUCGCGGAAAUGUGAGGCUGUAGCCAGCGCUGGAGGACGAGACAUGCUGUUAUUUAGAGGACAAAAUAAGUAAAAAUAUAUAUAUAUAGUUAAUUCGUCGGAAAUACCUCUUCAGAAUAGCUUGCCGACUCAUUUCUCACGUGUUCGGAGCCUGCCAGUGUCGUCCGGCCAUGGCGGAGCAGGAUCCCCCGGCGGAGAAGCCUCCGGCCGCCUCGCACUUCAUCAUCGGGUCCGUGUCGGAGGACAACUCUGAGGACGAGACUCUGAGCAAGUUGGAGCUGUCGGCGGAGGACAAGGAGUGCUCGGAGUCUCCGUCCUCUCUCAGCUCGGACAGCACUUUCGAAUGCCUGGACGGGCCGUUGCACAGCAUGAGGCCCAGUAUGUCUGGUCUGCACCUGGUGAAGCAGGGUCGUGAUCGCAGACGUGUAGAACUGCACAGGGACUUUACUGUGGCCUCACCUGCUGAGUUCGUCACCCGCUUCGGAGGAAACAAAGUCAUCGAGAAGGUGCUCAUCGCUAAUAAUGGCAUUGCUGCUGUGAAGUGCAUGCGCUCCAUCCGGCGCUGGGCAUACGAGAUGUUUCGGAAUGAGCGCGCCAUCCGUUUCGUCGUCAUGGUCACCCCUGAGGACCUGAAGGCAAAUGCGGAGUACAUAAAAAUGGCUGAUCAUUAUGUACCUGUUCCUGGAGGAACCAACAAUAACAACUACGCCAAUGUAGAGCUCAUUUUGGACAUUGCUAAGCGUAUUCCAGUUCAGGCGGUGUGGGCUGGGUGGGGUCACGCGUCUGAAAACCCAAAACUCCCAGAACUCCUGCACAAGAACGGCAUUGCCUUCAUGGGUCCUCCCAGUCAGGCGAUGUGGGCUCUGGGAGACAAGAUUGCAUCGUCCAUUGUGGCUCAGACGGCUGGCAUUCCCACUCUACCUUGGAGUGGAGCAGGGUUAACUGUCGAGUGGUCAGAAAAUGACCAGAAGAAGCGAAUCAUCAACGUACCCAGUGAGCUCUACGAGCAGGGCUGCAUCCAGGACGUGGAAGCCGGUCUUAAGGCUGCAGAGAAGGUGGGCUACCCGGUGAUGAUCAAGGCUUCGGAGGGUGGAGGAGGGAAAGGUAUCCGCAAGGUCAACAGCGCCGAUGACUUCCCCAACCUCUUCCGACAGGUGCAAACGGAGGUGCCCGGGUCACCCAUCUUUGUCAUGCGGCUUGCCAAGCACGCACGGCAUCUGGAGGUGCAGAUCCUGGCCGAUCAGUACGGCAGCGCCAUCUCCCUGUUCGGCAGAGACUGCUCUGUUCAGCGCAGACACCAGAAGAUCAUAGAGGAGGCGCCGGCCACCAUCGCCACCUCCGACGUGUUCGAGAAUAUGGAAAGGUGUGCAGUGAAACUGGCUAAGAUGGUGGGCUACGUCAGCGCAGGAACAGUUGAAUAUCUCUACAGUCAGGACGGCAGUUUUUACUUCCUGGAGCUGAACCCGCGUCUGCAGGUGGAACAUCCCUGCACCGAGAUGGUGGCUGAUGUGAACCUACCCGCCGCCCAGCUGCAGAUUGCCAUGGGCAUCCCUCUGCACCGCAUCAAGGACAUCCGCAUGCUGUACGGCGUGCACCCGUGGGGAGACUCCCCCAUCAACUUCGAGGCGCUCUCUACCUCCCCCUCUCCACGAGGACAUGUCAUCGCAGCUCGCAUCACCAGCGAGAACCCAGAUGAGGGUUUUAAGCCGAGCUCGGGCACGGUGCAGGAGCUGAACUUUCGCAGCAAUAAGAACGUGUGGGGUUACUUCAGCGUGGCCGCCGCUGGAGGGCUGCACGAGUUCGCCGACUCGCAGUUCGGUCACUGCUUCUCCUGGGGGGAAAACCGUGAAGAGGCCAUCUCGAACAUGGUGGUGGCUCUGAAGGAGCUCUCGAUCAGAGGAGACUUCAGGACCACAGUGGAGUAUCUGAUCAAACUGCUGGAGACUGAGAGCUUCCAGCACAACAGCAUUGACACCGGCUGGCUGGACCGCCUCAUCUCAGAGAAAAUGCAGGCUGAGCGUCCAGACACCAUUCUGGGGAUAGUGAGCGGAGCACUGCAUGUAGCGGAUGUAAACUUCAGGAACAGUGUGUCCAACUUCCUGCAUUCUCUCGAGAGGGGUCAGGUGUUGGCAGCACACACACUACUGAACACAGUUGAUACCGAGCUCAUCUACGAGGGCGUGAAAUACGUCCUGAAGGUGACUCGCCAAUCUCCAAACUCCUACGUGCUCAUCAUGAACAACUCGUCAGUGGAGGUGGACGUGCACCGGCUCAGCGAUGGAGGCCUGCUGCUGUCCUACGACGGGAGCAGUUACACCACCUACAUGAAGGAGGAGGUGGACCGGUAUCGCAUCACCAUUGGUAAUAAGACGUGUGUGUUUGAGAAGGAGAACGACCCGUCGCUGCUGCGCUCUCCGUCUGCUGGUAAACUCAUCCAGUACACUGUGGAGGACGGGGGCCAUGUGUUUGCGGGCCAGUGCUACGCUGAAAUCGAGGUGAUGAAGAUGGUGAUGACACUAACUGCAGCAGAAUCGGGAUGUAUUCACUAUGUAAAGCGAGCAGGGGCCGUGCUGGAGCCGGGCUGUGUUAUAGCCAAACUGCAGCUGGACGAUCCCAGCAGAGUGCAGCAGGCGGAACUGCAUACCGGAGCAUUGCCCAGUGUUCAGGCCGUGGCUCUCAGAGGGGAAAAGCUGCACCGAGUCUUCCACAACACUCUCGACCACCUGGUGCACAUCAUGAACGGCUACUGCCUGCCCGAGCCCUUCUUCAGUGCCAAACUGAAAGAGUGGGUGGAGCGGCUGAUGAAAACCCUGCGGGAUCCGUCACUGCCCCUGCUGGAGCUGCAGGACAUCAUGACGAGUGUUUCGGGUCGAAUCCCUCCCACUGUAGAGAAAGCCAUCAAGAAGGAGAUGGCGCAGUACGCCAGUAACAUCACCUCUGUGCUGUGCCAGUUCCCCAGCCAACAGAUUGCCAACAUCCUGGACAGCCACGCGGCCACGCUGAACAGGAAGUCGGAGCGCGAGGUCUUCUUCAUGAACACUCAGAGCAUUGUGCAGCUCGUCCAGAAAUAUCGCAGUGGUAUCCGCGGCCACAUGAGGGCAGUGGUGAUGGAUUUACUCAGGCAGUACCUGAAGGUGGAGGUGCAGUUUCAGCACGGUCAUUAUGACAAGUGUGUGUUCACACUGCGUGAAGAGAACAAAGGCGACAUGGCCAAUGUGCUUAACUACAUCUUCUCCCACGCCCAAGUCACCAAGAAGAACUCUCUGGUCACCAUGCUGAUCGAUCAGUUGUGUGGGCGGGACCCCACGCUGACCGAUGAGCUCAUGGCCAUCCUUACCGAGCUCACGCAGCUCAGCAAGACCACUAACGCCAAAGUGGCUCUGCGUGCCCGCCAGGUGCUGAUCGCGUCUCACCUGCCUUCAUACGAACUGCGCCACAACCAAGUGGAGUCCAUCUUCCUGUCUGCCAUCGACAUGUACGGCCAUCAGUUCUGCAUCGAGAACCUGCAGAAACUCAUUCUGUCCGAGACGUCCAUCUUUGACGUGUUGCCCAACUUCUUCUACCACAGCAACCAGGUGGUCCGAAUGGCCGCGCUAGAGGUGUAUGUUCGGAGAGCAUACAUAGCAUACGAGCUCAACAGCGUCCAGCACCGGCAGCUAAAGGACAACACGUGUAUCGUGGAGUUUCAGUUCAUGCUGCCCACAUCGCAUCCCAACAGAGGGAACAUCCCCACUCUAAACAGGAAAUUCUCUACACCACUACUGGACAACAAAACUAAAUCUAGAGCAGCUAACCGUCGAGCCAGUGGUGCUAGAACUGCCACGACUAGCUAUGACACCUCUACGGCUAGCGCAGCUACAUCUAAUGACCUUGUGGACAGAAUGUCCUUCUCGUCCAACCUGAACCACUACGGCAUGGUACACGUGGCCAGCGUGAGUGAUGUUCUGCUGGACACCUCCUUCACACCGCCGUGUCAGCGCAUGGGUGCCAUGGUGUCCUUCCGCUCCUUCCAGGAAUUCACCAGAAACAUUAACGACAUCCUGAGCUGUUUCUCGGACUCUCCGCCCACCAGCCCCUCCUUCCCCGAGGGGGGAAACCCUGUACUGUAUGGAGAGGAAGACAACAAGAGCACACUAGAUGAACCCAUCCACAUCCUGAACGUUGCUAUUAAGACCGACAGCGACAUCGAUGAUGACGGUUUGGCUGCCAUGUUCCGGGAGUUCACCCAGUCCAAGAAAUCGGUGCUGUUUGAGCACGGCAUCCGGCGGCUCACCUUCCUCGUGGCGCAAAAGGAUUUCAGGAAACAGAUCAACUGUGAGGUGGACCAGAGAUUCCACAGGGAGUUCCCGAAAUUUUUCACCUUCCGUGCAAGAGACAAGUUUGAGGAGGACCGGAUCUACAGGCACUUAGAGCCAGCGCUGGCCUUCCAGCUGGAACUGAACCGCAUGCGUAACUUUGCGCUCACCGCCAUCCCGUGUGCCAACCACAAGAUGCACCUGUACCUGGGCGCCGCCCGCGUGGAGGUGGGCACCGAGGUCACGGACUAUCGCUUCUUCGUGCGCGCCAUCAUCCGCCACUCAGACCUCGUCACCAAGGAAGCCUCUUUUGAGUACCUACACAACGAGGCUGAGAGACUGCUCUUGGAAGCCAUGGACGAGCUGGAGGUGGCCUUCAACAACACCACAGUUCGCACAGACUGCAACCACAUCUUCCUCAACUUCGUCCCCACCGUCAUCAUGGAUCCCUCGAAGAUUGAGGAGUCAGUGCGCUCCAUGGUGAUGCGUUACGGCAGCCGUCUGUGGAAGCUGCGCGUGCUCCAGGCCGAGCUCAAGAUCAACAUCCGGCUCACGCCCACGGGCAAGCAGAUCCCCAUCCGCCUCUUCCUGACCAACGAGAGCGGCUACUACCUGGACAUCAGUCUGUACAAGGAGGUCACGGACUCUCGCACGGGACAGGUGGGGCCCAAUGACCGCCAGAUCAUGUUCCAGGCGUACGGAGACAAGCAGGGGCCUCUUCAUGGCAUGCUCAUCAACACGCCGUACGUCACCAAAGACCUCCUGCAGUCCAAACGCUUCCAGGCCCAGAGCCUCGGCACCACCUACGUCUACGACCUGCCCGAGAUGUUCAGACAGGCUCUGAAAAAGCUGUGGCAGUCCAUGGACGCGUACGCUCACCUGCCCAAGUGCCCCCUGCCCUCUGAGCUCCUGACCUUCACUGAGCUGGUGCUGGACUCGCAGGGUCAGCUGGUGCAGAUGAACCGCCUGCCUGGGGGCAAUGAGAUUGGCAUGGUGGCAUGGCGGAUGACCCUCCGGACACCCGAGUACCCUGCAGGCCGUGAAAUCAUCGUGAUCAGCAACGACAUCACCCAUAAGAUCGGCUCUUUCGGGCCGCAGGAGGACGUCCUCUUCCAGCAGGCGUCGGAGAUGGCGCGUGAGAGUGGCAUUCCGCGCAUCUACAUCGCUGCCAACAGCGGCGCCCGCAUCGGCCUGGCAGAGGAGAUCAGACACAUGUUCCACGUGGCCUGGCAGGACCCGGCCGACCCGUACAAGGGAUUUAAGUACCUCUACCUCACACCUCAGGACUAUAAGAAGGUCUCAGCACUGAACUCUGUGCACUGCGAGCACGUGGAGGACGAAGGGGAAUCGAGGUAUAAGAUCACAGACAUCAUCGGAAAGGAGGAAGGCUUGGGUGUAGAGAACCUGAGAGGCUCAGGGAUGAUCGCUGGAGAAUCAUCACUCGCUUAUGAAGAGAUCAUCACCAUGAACCUGGUGACAUGCAGGGCCAUCGGGAUCGGAGCAUACCUGGUGCGUCUAGGCCAGAGGACCAUCCAGGUGGAGAACUCGCACAUCAUCCUGACGGGAGCCGGAGCCCUCAACAAGGUGCUUGGCCGGGAGGUUUACACGUCCAAUAACCAGCUAGGAGGCGUGCAGAUCAUGCACAACAACGGCGUCACACACACCACGGUGUGCGACGACUUCGAGGGCGUUUACACGCUGCUGCAGUGGCUCUCCUACAUGCCCAAGAACACUUCGAGCCCCGUGCCGCUCCUGGCAGCCAAGGACCCCAUCGACCGGCCGGUGGAGUUCGUACCCACCAAAGCGCCAUACGACCCACGGUGGAUGCUGGCAGGAAAAGCCAAUCAGAACCCUAAAGGAGCGUGGAUCAGUGGGUUCUUUGACUACGGCUCGUUUAUGGAGAUGAUGCAGCCGUGGGCACAGAGUGUGGUGGUGGGCAGAGCUAGGCUGGGAGGUAUCCCAGUCGGCGUGGUAGCCGUGGAGACGAGAACAGUCGAGCUGUCCAUCCCAGCAGAUCCAGCUAACCUGGACUCGGAAGCCAAAAUCAUCCAGCAGGCCGGACAGGUGUGGUUCCCCGACUCUGCGUUUAAGACGGCUCAAGCUAUUAAGGACCUGAACCGCGAGGGACUUCCUCUCAUGGUGUUCGCCAACUGGAGAGGCUUUUCUGGUGGCAUGAAAGACAUGUACGACCAGGUGCUGAAGUUCGGCGCGUACAUUGUGGAUGGCCUGAGGGAGUACAGACAGCCGGUGCUGGUCUACAUCCCGCCUCAAGCCGAGCUCCGUGGAGGAUCAUGGGUAGUGAUCGACCCCACAAUCAACCCACGCCACAUGGAGAUGUAUGCAGACAAGGACAGCCGUGGUGGCGUGUUGGAGCCGGAGGGGACGGUGGAGAUCAAGUUUAGAAAGAAGGAUCUGGUCAAGACCAUGAGACGUGUCGAUCCCGUUUACAUGGGUCUGGCUGAGAGACUUGGCACGCCGGAGUUAAAUGUAUCAGAACGUAAGGAGCUGGAGAGCAAACUGAAGGAGCGAGAGGAGUUCCUGCUGCCCAUCUACCAUCAAGUAGCAGUGCAGUUCGCCGACCUGCACGACACGCCGGGCCGCAUGCAGGAGAAAGGAGUCAUUACUGAUGUGUUGGAGUGGCGCACAUCACGGCAGUUCUUUUACUGGCGUCUGCGGCGGCUCCUGCUGGAGGACACGGUGAAGAAGAAGAUCCAGCAGGCUAACAGUGAGCUGACCGACGGCCAGGUGCAGGCCAUGCUGCGGCGCUGGUUCGUCGAAGCCGAGGGAGCGGUGAAGGCGUAUUUAUGGGACAGUAAUGAGGACGUGGUGGAGUGGUUGGAGAAGCAGCUGACGGAGGAGGAAGGAGCACGGUCUGUCAUCGAUGAGAACAUUAAGUACAUCCGCAGGGAUCACCUUCUCAAACAGAUCCGCAGUCUGGUUCAGGCGAACCCCGAGGUGGCCAUGGACUCCAUCGUGCACAUGACGCAGCACAUCUCCCCCACGCAGCGGGCCGAGGUGGUGCGCAUCCUCUCCACCAUGGACACGCCAAACUCCUCCUGAACACCACACACACACACACACACACACACACACACACACACACACACACACACACACACACACACACACACACACACACACACACACACACACACACACACACACCCCAAGAGGAGCCGACACACCAGCAUGGUGGCUAUGAUUCUGGACUAUAACUGUAUUGUCUCUCACUCGUCUCAGUGGUAAAACUUCAUGGUGAGAACUUCACUGUGUACAUUUUUGGGAAGCGCAAGUCCAAAUUUGUCGUAGAAUUGCACUUGUUAAUCACGUGUAAAUUAAAAAACGAAACUAGACAAGCAGAGACCAAUGUGAUUACAAAAAAAAAAAAAAAAAAAAAAAAGACUGAUACUGAUUGUAGUCAAAGAGCAAUGUGUCAUAUUGAUGUUAUAAAAGGUGUUUAUUUUUGUCUUUAAUGUUCCCUUAGGCUCGGUUUUUUUAAUGCUCUGAACACAGCCACUUCGGAAGCCGCAAAUCCAUUUCCACCAGGUAGAAAAGAAAAACACUGUAUAAUAUAUUUUUCCUUUAUUUUGGGUGACAGCAGUAUUCUGAAAUUUUGACUUAUUGUCUUAAAAUUCUGACGACUUAUCUCAAAAUUCUUACUCAGUAUCUCAAGAUCUUGACUUAUUGUUUUAGACUUCUCAUUUACUCCCCCAACAUUCUGACUCAUUAUCAAAAGAUCUUGAAUGCUUAUCUCAAAAUUUCAAAAUCUAAAAAACUCUCAUUUAUUACCUCAAUUCAGACUAAUUAUCUUGACUUAUCUCAAAAUUUUGCCUUCUCAAAAUUCUGACUCAUUAUCACAAGCUCUUGAUUUAGCUCCAAAUUCUGACUCAUUGUCUUAAAAUUCUACGUCAUUAUCACAAGAUCUGCUUAUCUCAAAAUUCUGAUUUAUUAUCUCAAGUCUGACUCAUUGUCUCAAGAUCUUGACUUAACUCAAUAUUUUGACUCGCUUUCUCAGAAUUUUGACACUAUAGGGCUAUGCAAGUAGUGAAACAAUCUUACAGUAAUAAAUGCAAUCAAAUAAGUCAAAUUUGAGAUAAAUCAGAAAUCUGAGAUAAAUCAGAAUUUGCAAUUUUUUUCUUUUCUACCUAGCUGAAAUGGGCUUCCGUAGCGUCCUUUCUGUCUAAACGAGUGUGAUCAGCCCAAACUGAUCCCUGAUGAGGCCAGAAAGGUGCAUUUUUUUUCCUUCCAAAAGAGAGCAAAAAUGUUAAGCUAUAACACUACACACACUACUCUUUAAAGCCAGUACAAUCAUAACUCCGCUCACCUCCGCAUGCACCUUAACCCCUUCCUUACAUGUUUGUGUGGUUGACAAAUACUUGUGUUACACGCACAAUAUGGUGUUGUUUUGUUUUUUUUUAUCAUGCGUUAUGCAACUCUGUAAUUUAUUAACUGAAAUUGUAGUUUGGAGAAAAAAAGGUUAUUUGUGCUAACAAACAAUGGUGAAGUGUGUGUGAAACUCAAAACUAUACAUUUAGGACCAAACUUUUUUUUUUCUUUUUUGCUAGAAAGAGCAAAAUGGUUUAAAUAAUACACUAUGCUUUAGUAACUAAAAACAAGAGAAUUCAUAAUAAAAAGGAGGCAGAUGGAGGGAUUCGGGGUGGAAUUAUAGGGUCAUUAACGCUGCUGAAAGUGUUUGGGUUCUGUGAAAGGUCACGUUUUUGCACAGACCUGGAUUAAAAGUGAAUCCGUUGUAACGUUUGAGCGUCUGAAUCACUACACUAACCGUGCUACCGAUGAAACGAUAGUGGCUCGAGGACUGACCCGAACAGAGGAGUGCGUGAUUAAGGCGGCGAAUGUGUUCCCACUGAUUUUAACUCAAUAAAAUCAACUUCAUCCAA